AUGGGGAAAAGGGACAACCGAGUGGUAAGAGUUGUUUUAAAAAAUGUAAUCAUUCAAUAGAGAGUAUAAAGCAAACCGUUAAUCUCACCGAAAUUGUGAAUAUUUCUCAUAGAAACCACCUACAAGGCUUCUUGACUUCUUUUAUUUUACUUCUCAGGCGCAUGUGAACCCUGUUGCAAUGGCGAGGGCAAGAGGACCGCCACCGUCUUCAGGACCAACAAUAAGAGAUUAUCUCAACAGAAAUAGACCAACACUGUGAGUAAUAGUACCUUUGCAGUGUAGGUUUGAACGUUUACAAGCACAGAAUGAGUUAAAAGCAGGUUUAGAAUAUAUAUCCUCCAACCAACAUAACUGCUGGUCAUUGUCAUCUGGGCCGAGUUGUUCAAAGCUGGUUUAAGAUAACCCUGGGUUAGUGCGAGAUUUGAAUUCAGAUAUGAAAGCUUUUAAAACAUUUCAGUUUUAAUUCCUUUUGUCUACAAGUUUAUGAUUGGAAGCUCUAAAAAUAACAGAGAAAAUUAUGUGAGAAAAUGCUUUCUAGCACAAGAAAAAGAAACCUGGGUUAAAUUUAAACCCCAGAUUAAGUGCUAAUCGGGAGAAAAUGUCCAGCUGUGUGACAAUGCGGCAAUGCCAGUUAUUGUUAUCUCUCUUUCAAACAUUAAUUUGGUGAAUACUUGUUUUUAUUGGCUGUUUAAUACCACCCAGAUCUGGGUAGUGCUUUUACUAAUUGGUCAUGCUGUGAGGAAAAUUUGUUUUAACCAAUCAGAAGCAUUACCCAGAUCUUAGUAGUGACACAUCAUCAAUAUAUGGAAUUUCCGGGUUCCUUCCUCAGACAUCAUUUCAUGGGGAAACCUGUGUCAGGUUUUUUCUCAGGCUACAAGUAUGUUUGCUGUGUCUGCUACCUAGCCUUGAGUGGGACUGCUUGCACUCUACAGUUUUUUUUAUAUUUUUACUCUUUUUGUCAGGGAGGAGGUUAAAGAAAUGAUGAAUAAAAGGAAGACAGGAUCAGAGACAUUGGCUGCCUUUGAAGAACAUUUAAAUGAGGUAACUUUCAGUAACCUGAGAAAACAAGCAACAUUUUGCGAUGCUUUCAUCAGUUCCCUUGCCAAAAAUGAUGUCUGGGGAUGAAAUUUUUGUGCUUGUUCUUCAAACAUCAUUUCAUGGAGAAACUGUUGGUGGCAUUGCAAAAUGUUGGCUGUUUUUUUUCUGGACAGACUUUCAAAGGCUACAGGACUUGAAAAAAACUUGAAGUUCAUUUUGUCCGUUGGACAAACAGCUCUCAAAUUUUCCUCACCCACAGCGAUUGCCUAUUUUGUUAAACAUUUUUUGUGUGUAUGUGGCUACCUGGACCCUUGCCCAUUGUGUGGACAAGUGAGGUUUAGAUCUUACUUUUUCAGAAGUAAAAUUUACUUGUAUGAAAUGGAUGAAACUUUUUUCAAGCUGUGCACCUGUUUUUAAUAAACCAGGCCUAUGAAUAUUGUAGUAUUGUACAGGACCAAGACUACUAUCAAAAAGUAAUAGGCAGGUUUCUUCACAGUGUGAGAAAUUUGUCUUUUUUGUGAAAGCAUAAUGCACCCAAUACUGAUAUUCAUAUGACAAGUCAUCUCAAAAUUUCAAAUUGUAUUUUGUUAAUUUUCAAACCCAGUUUUUGGCACAAGAAAAAUGUUUGUAGAUGUCUUCAAUUGUACAAAGACAAUAUUUACGGUGCAAAUUUGAACAGUAAAAUAGAUCUAUAAUUUGUUAGUUUGCCUAAACAAUGGCAAUUCCUGUGAAGGUUGAGAUGACCUGUUAGUUUAGUAACGACUUGAAACAAUUUCAUGUAAGCUGUUUUUACAACCUGUUGUUUAUUAUUACUCUACAGAAAUUUAAAAAUGAAUUAAAGAAAAACAGAGAGAAGAUACUGGGUGAUGCAGAAAGCUCAUCAAAAACAAAGAAAAAAGAGGUACAUAUUUUUUUAUUAGCUGUCACAGGUUUUCACAUUUUCCUCUCGUUUUGAAUGCAUGUUCCGAAUGAAUGUUCUAACUACAGCUGUAUGAAAUUCCACCAUGUUUCAGACCAUUUUUAUAUGUUCUCUGAACGAUGUUUUUAACCCUUCAAGUCCCAAUAGUGACCAAGAUCAAUUUUCUCUUAACGAUAUCCAUACACUGUCAAGACAUUUGGUUAUGAGAAUUUAUAAAAUGAACACCUACUGCUUUGCUUUGAUCUUUUAUCAAAUUCUCUCAACUCAUUCUUUAAGGAAAUAUAUAAAGAUCAGUUUGGAAAAUUUGUAAGUGGAUAUAAUGGUAACCUAUUGUGUUUUUACAUUUUUUUAGAAAAAGAAAUCUAGUAAGCACCGAAAAAAAAGGGUGAGUUAUUGUUCCUGACUGUAUAAUAAAUAUUAUAUUAGUUUUAUAAAAUGGAUUGCAUUACAUGAAAAGAAAGUAAAAUGUUUGUUUCUUUAUGUAUCUUGAAUUUUUUUGCGGAAAGUAAAAGAAGGGCAAAAACGUAUCUUGUUACCAUCAUCAUGAUCACUGUUUUUAUUCAAGUUAUUGUAAGUACCAUAAAAUUUCGAAAAUAAGCCCCUUCAAAUAUAAGCCCUCCCGGGGCUUGUACUUGGAAAAUUGCCCUCAAAUACAAAGUAAAACAAAGAAAACCGGUAAAUUUCCUUCCAAGAAUAAGGUUAGCCCAAUUUAUUUUGAAAUGCAAAUUUCCCUCUGUACAUAAGCUCCUCCGAAUAUAAGCCCCUCAAAAAGGGCCUUUGAAAAAUAUAAGCCCCAGGGCUUAUUUUUUGAAUUUUACAGUACUUAUAUGGAAGAGAUGUAUACUAUAAUAAUAUUAGGCAAAAUACAGCUUUGGAAAAACAGGUCAAAUAUUUUUCUUUUCUGUUUAUUUUUUCUGUCAUUAAAAAAUUUUCUGAGGAAAUGGCACAAGUUACUAGUGAGCUAAUCAGGAGGUUCUGCUUGUUUUCUUUCAAGCGUCGUUCUUCAUCGUCAUCAUCAACAUCAACUUCUGAUAACAGUGAAUCAGAGGAAGAAAGGAAGGUAGGCACUUUAAGAACAAACUGGCUUGUUAGGAUAAAUUUGCGAAAAGUGACAACAUGGCCUAUGAAACAGUGUUAUAAGACUACUCAGGGCUCAAAGUUGUGACUGAUGCAGUCAUCAAUGCGACUAAAAAUUCUGGUUUAGUCGCCACUUUGGCGACCAGAUUUCUCUAUGAUUUAGAUUUAAAUUAAAAGAGUAAAGUUACAACAAACAUUUCAUCUUUUCUUGCUUUGCUUUUGUCAUAAAAAAUGUGCCAAAUCGCAUAAACAAAGCCAGUUUGCGUGUACCUCCAAAUUUAUACCAACUUCUGCUUGCGAUAUUUUCAAACAAUCAAAUCUGAUGGAUCCCGCCAUACUAUGAGCUGCAUCAUUUACUUUAUACAAACUGGCAACUAAAAUUUUACAUCUGGUGACUAUAUUUCUCCAGUUGGUUGCCAAAAGGUGACCUGAGGAUUCUUUUAAUUUUGAGCCCUGCUACUGUAAAGGAAAUGGAAACUAAUGACAUAAAGAUGGGUUGAAUACCAACAGGGCCAUAUUAAAAAUUGAUAGUUUAAUGAUUUUUCAGCUCUUCAGUGUAUAGUGCAGUGCAAAUUUAACUUAUUCCAUCAGAAACGCAACAGUAACAUGAUUAGGCUUUUUAAUGAGAAAAUGUGAUCUGUUCAUUGCACCAAGUCAAAUCAAAUUGCUGUAGUGUUGACCAGUGUUAGUUCAAGUUUUUACCAAUUAGACAAAAAGAAAAGCUAAUGGGAUGGCAUCCGGGUGGAGUUCCAAGAACCAGAAUUCGAGUUAUCAGAGUAAAAAGGACUGAAAAGUCGGGUGAAAUCCAAGGGAAAUUGGACUUAGUUCAAGUUAGCAGGGAGUUCAGUUUAUCUGAGUUUGAGUUAUUGGGGUUCUACUGUAUUUAUCUAUUGACUUUAGCUUUUGAUUUACUUGCUUUUCUUGUGUACUUUCAUUAUCCCGCUGGAAAUCCAAUGUUUGAAUUUGCUUGUUAAUAAUUUCCCUUUCAGCUAUGCAGUCAUCAACAGAAAUAUAUAAUUCUCUAGAAGACUAGUAGUCUCUUCUAGUAAUGUCAAUAAGAUAAUUUUGUAAUAAAUCAGAGAAAUAAAGGACAAAGGUGUGCUUCUUUGAAAGAUGUUCAAGUUUAACCCAGGUUUAGGCGAAAUUUUAUGCCAAGUUUUGUUGUUUGGAACAUGUCAUUGUAGCUUAUCGGGUGUCGUUGUUCCUUCACUCUGAGAUCUAGUCAUGGUAAUGCAAACUUUUAAUCUAUAUAUUUUAAACUAUCUAUAAGAAGGUAAACAAUAACAUGGUUUAAAAUUUUAAUCCUGGAUUAGCACUAAGUCGGCCUUUCAAGAACCAGACCUUGAUCAUCUGAUCUCUUGAUCCUUUAACAUCUUCUCUAACUGCUUCUACACUCUUUCAUUAUAGAAAAGAAGAAAGAGCAAAAAGAGAAAGAAGCGAAAACGCACUGAGGCUGACAGAGAUGCAGAAGAACCAAAGAUUAAAAAGAGAAAGAAGAAGCACAGAGAUGAUGAUGAACUGUCCUCAUCUUAACACAGGU